CCUCUUCCUCUUCCUCUUCCUCUUCUCUCCUCUCCUCUGUCUCCCAUCAUCAUCUCCCGAUUUUCUCUAACUCUUAAUUCUUUGCAUUCUUGUUCGUUCAUACCCAUCUUCACUCUCUCUCACCCCAACCCCCAGAUCCCAAACAUGGUGGACCGCCCAAAGAAGCCCUCGGCUCUGAACCCCAUCUCGCCCGGCCUGGCGCCUCAAGCACAAGUCAACAUCACGCACUCGAACUCGCGCGUCUCUGCCGUGCUGCCCACCGGCGAAUCGAUCGAGGUCCUCCUCUACGGGGCCACCAUCAUAAGCUGGAAGGACGCGGCGGGGCAAGAGAAGCUCUUCCUCAGCAGCAAGGCGCAGCUGGACGGCACGAAAGCCGUGCGCGGCGGCAUCCCGCUGGUCUUCCCGGUGUUCGGGACGGCGCCAGACCAUGCGGCGACGGCGGCGCUGCCGCAGCAUGGCUUCGCGCGCAUCUCGCGGUGGGAGUUCCUGGGGCGCAGCACGAGCGAGAGCGCGCGGACGACGGAUGACGGGGAUAGUAGCGUGAAGUUGGAUUUCGGGCUCAGCCCGAGUAAUCUGGAUGAGGAGAGUCGUAAGAAGUGGCCGUAUGCGUUUGGUCUGAUCUAUAGUGUUACGCUGGGGAGGGAGGGCUUGACGACGAGUAUGGUGGUGAGGAAUGAGGGGGAGAGCGCGUGGGAGUUCCAGGUGCUGAUGCAUAGCUAUUUGAGGGUUGAUGACAUCUCCCAAGUCUCCAUCUCGGGCCUCGAAUCCUCCUCCUACGUCGACAAGCUCACCACGCCCAUCUCCACCACCACGUCUCCCUCCAGCGCCCUAACCAUCGGCUCCAAAACAGACCGCGUAUACACACCCGCGGGCGGCCCCAGCGCCCCCGUCGUCGUCACCGAAGGCGGCGCGAAGAAAUUCAGCCUCGUCCGAGAUAACCUCAACGAAGUCGUGGUCUGGAACCCUUGGACCGACGCCGUCAGCAUGUCGGACUUCGCGCCCGCUGACGGGUACAAGAACAUGAUCUGUGUCGAAGCGGGCGCGGUCAAAGGAUGGCAGAAACUAGAGGCGGGUGAGACGUGGGAGGGCGGACAGAUCAUCUCGCUCUGAAGGAGGGGUGGAGAGGAAGGACUUGGGCGCUUUGCUUGGGAGGGAAGGAAGGAAAUUUAAUCAUGAGUGAAAUGUAGGCAACACGCUGGUAUGGACAAUGAGGCAUGAGAGAUUAUGCAUGAUGAGAUGUUGAUGAGGACCGCGAUACUAGC